AGAACAUAUUGUAGAAGAACUAAUAAAUGUAUGUAUUAUUUUUUAUACAUCGUGAUUAUUUUAUUAGAAUGAUAUCGUUCUAAUUUUAUUUAAUAAAACUUGAUCCAUUAUUUUUUUGAACUCAUGACUGUUUGAACGAGAUUGCUAAUGCUACGAUAUUCUUAUCUUUCGCUUGCAAAGAAGGAGAUUUCAGGAAAGCUGAUCUUGACUCUUGAUACAUGAAGAGAUUCCGGGGGACAUUGUUCAGGGCCUAUUGUUGAAUCUUGGAAAUUCUAGUUUGACCCCUGACUGUGUCGCACUAAUUUGUCGAAUAAAUUCCUCCUCAAUUCUUCCAGAAAAAUUUUUCGCAGUAUUUUUUCCUGUGCCUUCCCUCAUGCCUCCAACAUCCUUCUUAAUCAAGAUCGUUAAUGGCCAUUUCAACUCAACCACAUUUGAGAUGCCAAAAAUGUACGACAAAUAUCUCGCAACAAAAAGACGCGAGAAAUGUUCUACACAUAUGAUACAUAUGAAAUAGUUGUUGAGACCACGAGGAGAUAAUACUGCACUCAAUCCGUUAUGUGCAGUAAAAUAAAUAGUAAACUGGGAACAGCUAACCAACAAAAUAUUUCGUAGAUGCAUAAUGGAGAUAGACGUCUAGGGAGUGUGCGAAUUUAAACUAUGGAUAAUGCAAUGCUCACUGCAAAUAUUUCCCUCUAACACAUCCACCACUGGGUGAGGUGGAUGAGGUAGCUAAAGGGUGGAAUGAGAAUUAAGAGAGAGAGAGAAGUGCAAGGAGACGAGGUUUACCAGAGUCGUCGUACCUCAUUACGUAUGUAUUUCUGCAUAACGAGAUACUCGGGGGCUACCGGCACGUUCUAGAAUCGAGGUUUCGAUACUCUGGGGAGCCACUCGGAAAUUAUGCAGCCACUGCCUUCGUGAGCAACUUGACAUCGGUGGCUACAGAGAGAGAAGCGCCAUUCGGAGGAUUUUGAAUUCAUGUUUCUUUGAUUUUCUGGGAAUUAAAUAUGUCAGCGAAUGAUGUUAAUGAACGGUUUGAUGGUAUUAUGCUGAUAGAUGUGCUUGGGAAUAAUCUUAAUGAUGUUUACACUGGGGAGAGUUUGAACACGGUUUCCAGACAAAUUCAUUAAAUUCUGUUUGUCAUAUUUGAGCUGAGGCUAGACAUCAGGAUUCUCAUUUUAUUAAUCUCGUCGUGACAAUAUUGAUAAAUUAAGAUUUUGUCGUUGCUCUGAUACAAACAUCUCACAGGAUGAAUUAUAAGGAUCCAUAAUUGAGAUCCACUGCUGCGUUGUCAUAAUUUCUGAGAUUCAACUUCAGCCAUGUGUAGAAAAUUGACUUAUCAUCGGAUUUAUUAAUCACUACUUUAGCUAAUGAAAGGGAAAAACAUAUUCCGUAUUUGUCUUAUUAUAUCAUAUGAUAGAAAUCACGUGAGAGCUUCCACUAUAAAUUAGUCGCGAACUGGCUAUCAACCGGGUCGUCUUUCGAGUAAACCAUGCUCGCGAAAACUAUCAUCCUUGUCGCCUGUAUUGCCACAACGACGGCUCUGACCAUAUCACCACGACACCCCACUUGGGUUUCGAUUUAUAAAAAAUGCUUCUUGGAGAUUCUAAAAUCCAAUUCAGCCAAGAUAGAACCGGAUCUUCAAAUUUGUGCCAUGAAAGAAGCAGGAACUAUGUCUGAGGAUGGAGUAUGGAAGGUGGAGCAAAUCAUUGAUAUUAUCCCGAAAGAUGAACCCAAAUAUGACGACAUUGUUUCAGCAAUGAGAAUCUGUGCCCGAGAAGCUACUGGGAAAACGCCAAGUGAGACCGCUACGUUCUUGCCCAUAUGUUUGGCUGGGAAGUUGCCCUGUGAGGAUGGCCGGUGUAAUGUGACUGCAAAUUUGCUGGUGGUAUUAAAUGCCACAAUGCUUUCGAGCCCUUCACAGUGAAAAUGAUUACAAAUAUGAUAAGACGCACCUAGUAUUUGUAUGUCCAGUUACUGUAAAUGAGGUUACAACAGGUCUUCAAGUUUCAAAAAUCGAUUUCAUUGUAAUUUCAUUCUUUAAUUAUUGGCAAAAGUAAAUAUGUAUCUGGUAUAUUUUGUCUGGUGUGCUGUUAAACUAGAAUUGUUCAAAUUUAACGAAACUUGUCUCAUGAUAUAGUAAUAACUUUCAAAUGAUGGCUUCGACUUGAAUUAUUAAUACCUUAGAAUAGUGAAAUAUUCGUAUUUCUGUACAUAACCAGAGAAUGUCUCACGAUAUCGCGAAAUAUAAAUAUAUAUGUAUGUAUCCCAUGUCACCUCGCUUCCUCAUGUUUUACGUAAUCGACCUCAUUAAGAAUUUACCUAA